GUGGAGGAGACCCGAAGGAGCGAAGAAAAAGUGAGAGCUGGGCUAGGAUGAGGAAGGAUCGGAAGAUGGCGGGAUUAUCGCCAGGUCCGAGGGCUCCAAGCGGUGGGUUCUUUAGCGGGAGAGUGGCUAGGGAGGAGAGGGAAGGUAGCGUGGUGCUUGAUGAGGAGGAUGGGGAGGGAGGAAGUGCGCCUGGGCGGGUGGGGGAAAAGAGGGAGAAAGAUAGGAUGCUGCAUGUUCCCGGUGGUGGUGGGGUGGAAGAGAGAAAGGAAGGCAGGCUUGUUGCCGUCAAGUGCCUUGAUAGGGCCAUGUGCGAUGCCAAUGAUCGGACAAGGAUCAGCUUUGUGCGCGAGGUCGAGGUGCUUCGGCAUGUCUGUCACCCAUCGAUCGUCUCCUAUCUUCACUCGUUCACCACUGUCACACAUCAUUGCCUCGUCCUGGAGUACCUCGCUGGCGGGGAACUCUUCUCUCUCCUGGACAAUGACGACAAGUAUAGGCGGAUGACCGAACCACUCGUACGACGAAUGUUUGGUGAACUCGUCAGAGCUGUCGGGUGGAUGCACGGCGUAGCGCUCGUGCACCGGGAUAUCAAACUUGAGAAUAUCCUCCUCACCUGUGACCCCUUCUUGAUUUCCUCCUACCCAUCGCUGGACGAUCUCCCGACGCCGCUGCUCAAGCUCUCAGACUUUGGGCUCUCCAGGUUCAUCGAUCCUGCCAAACCUCUAUUACAGACGCGAUGCGGGUCAGAGUCCUAUGCAGCACCCGAGAUCGUCAUGGGUCAGAAAUACGAUGGCCGCCAAACAGACGCCUGGGCAUGCGGAGUGGUCUUAUACGCGCUGGCCACACGCGUGCUGCCCUUUGACCCGAAUGCUACUGACGCCCAUGCCGGCACGGGGGGCAGCUUCCGCGGAGGCCGAGAAGGGCGCAAAGCGCUCCUCUUCCGGAUCGCCAAAGGCGACUAUUCCUGGCCGAAGGACCCACGUCCGUCCUUCCCCGUGCCCGACAUGCUUACACCCCACGGGACGAUUGACUCCGAUCCUGUUCGCUCGCUCAACCUUGCUACUCCCGGACUAAAACACGUUGUCGCCCGGCUCCUUGUGCGCGACCCCGCCAAGCGAGCGAAGGUCAUCGAGUUAUGGGACGACGAGUGGAUGCAAGGCCCAGGUGCACCGGCUCCGCCGCAUCGUGAUGCAGAUAGCAAGCGCGCGGAACUGGUCGAUGGAGAUUCGAUCGGGGAAAUCGCACGGAACGAGGUUGUCUAAAGCCCGUCCAAUCCCUAUCCUUCUCUGCCUAUGCGGUGGUGAAAGAGUUGGUUGAUGCGUGCGUCCAAAAGGGCGCUUGUAUUUUUGUUGCUAUACCUGCGGUUCCAUCUGGAAACCUAAUACAUGCCCUGACAUAGCUUAGAAUA